AAUAAAUAAAAAAAGGCAGCAAGAGCAUUCGUCUACUUCUCACUAAACCCGUAGAGAGUUGAAGUAGUGCAUAAUAGAAUUCAAAGCACUACUCAUCCAAGAAUUUUACUAACCCCAUGUAUAUCAACUUAUCAUAAACAAAUUUUUUUGAGAAGAAAACUAACUAAGAAUUUAUAGGUAGAUAUAUAUAUAUAGAGAGAGAGCUGAUUGUGUUGGAAAAUUAGUGCAGAAAGAAGUUUUUAACUGCUGAUGAUUGAGAAGGAACGAAAUUCCGGGUGAUUCCGCGAUUCGGGUGGGUCGGUUUUCUUGCUCCUUGCCGGAAUGAAGGAUCGCAGGAGACGCGGCGUUUCCUCAUCGGGAAUGUUUUUCUUCUGGUGCGCUGUCGUCCUCAUCUUCUUCGCCGCCUUUAACUCCUCUGCGCUACGUCUCUUAUUCCCAGAAGGUUUUCACCCUAGAAUGAUCACUAAAGGGAAUAUUCCGGCGAUGGAAGCGAUAUCCGCCGAGAAUUCUGUAACUCCGGCGAUUUCAAUUCGCGAAACGGUUAUUUUUCCUGAUCAGGCGCUGGUUUUCCUAAAAUACCCCCCGUCAGCCGCUUUAUUUACCAAAGAUGACAUCAACUGUAUAUAUUUGCUCCCCAACUCAUCGCGGCCGCAGCUCGAGCUAUCUCCGUCCUCUGUCGACUACGACUAUGGAAAUCACCAGAUCGUAAGGUGUCCAUUGCAGCCACGUGGCUUGAUCCUGUCCCUAGCUGUUAAGCAUAACGGUAACCUCACGCCGGGGCCCACGUAUAGGUGGGAUGCUUUGGCUUAUGAAGCCAUGAUUGAUCGCGAUAAUUCAACGAUUGUUUUUGUGAAAGGGCUUAAUCUACGGUCAGGAAGAGUUGCUAACUCUUCAAGGUUCAAGUGUCUCUACGGCUGGGAUUUGACGAAGCCAAAGUUCGUCUUGUCGGCCAACGCCGUUUCCGUUGCCCAAGAAAUAGUCAGGUGUAGAACCCCUUUGAGUAUACUGAACAGGCUACAGAGAUUUACUAGCAGCUUUAAUGAUUCUAUUAAAGUUUCGGUUAGAGUUAUUGGUCAGCGGACUCUAAAUUCCAUUGCACGUGUUAAACAUCAAUACGGGUCUAAGCAACUCGCUCGUGGAAAACAGCAUGAACUCUGUGUCUGCACAAUGUUAAGGAACCAAGCUCGAUUCUUGCGCGAAUGGGUCAUGUACCAUGCCCAUGUCGGUGUCCAACGUUGGUUUAUCUACGACAACAACAGUGAUGAUGAUAUUGAACGCGUGGUCGAGUCACUCGUGGACACAAGCUAUAAAGUGACUCGACAUGUGUGGCCUUGGAUCAAGACUCAGGAGGCUGGGUUUGCGCAUUGUGCCUUGAGGGCUCAGGAUUCGUGUGAAUGGGUUGGAUUCAUUGAUGUCGAUGAGUUCUUUCACUUGCCUUCAGGUUUAUCUUUGAAGGAUGUUGUUGCAAAUGCGUCUAGGCCUAGUGAGGUGGCUGAACUACGGGUGCCCUGCCAUAGUUUUGGUCCAUCAGGCCUCAAAAAGGUGCCAAUGAAAGGGGUGAUGGCCGGGUACACAUGCAGGCUGGCUGCCCCAGAGAGACACAAAAGUAUAGUGAAGCCUGAGGCCUUGAAUACUUCCUUGAUCAAUGUGGUGCAUCACUUCCAUCUAAAGUCUGGUUUCCGACAUAUUAAUAUGAACAGAAGUAAACUGGUGAUCAAUCACUAUAAGUACCAAGUAUGGGAAGUUUUCAAGGAGAAGUUUUACAGAAGGGUGGCUACUUAUGUAUCUGAUUGGCAACAAGAGAGAAAUGUGGGUUCCAAGGACCGGGCACCCGGCUUAGGAACAAAGGCAAUUGAGCCAUUGGAUUGGUCCAUGAGGUUCUGUGAAGUUAAGGAUACCGGCUUAAGGGACCGGAUAUUUAAGAUUUUCGUCGACCCAAAAACCAGCCUGUUGCCAUGGGAAGAUCAUCAGCCUGAUGAGAGGAGCAAAAUAAAUUAAAAAGACAAAGUCAAAGUUUCAAUUUGCUUGCUGUGGUUUCGGGGGUGACUGUCUAUCCUCCCCCGCCUUCUGCUCGUUUUUUCUAAUUUUUGGUUUUACUUCCUGUUGAUAGCUGUAUAGAUAUAGGUAACUUACCUGAUUCAUUGUUCUGUGGAUAUGAUUAUAAUCAGAAAAGAAAGGUAAAAAACUUGAUAGCUGUGACGAGAGUUACUCGUGAUGAAUGUUAAUAUGCAGCCUGCGGACUGAAAUUAUGAUCGAGUAAUACAGAAGAUUUAUUUUCAAUUA